AUGGCGCCACUACUUUUCUUUGCCUUUUUCCUUCUCAUUGCUUCUACUAACGGAGCUGCUCCUGGUGCUUUCCCACCCGUCAAUGUAUCCUCUCCAACACCUCCGGUCCCCAUGCCACCAACAACUCCAUACCCACCACCCAUCCGAUUGAUCACCCCACCUCCUCCACCACCAGUUAAGUUACCAUCCCCACCUCCGGCAGUCAAGCUACCGCCACCUCCACCAUCACCACCACUCCCUACUCCCCCCGUUUCACCACCAAAGACGACAGCAGGCCAAUAUGGAAACAGAGAGAAAUGUGGCAAAUGCUAUGCUAAUAUGGCCACUCGCGGAGGCAGACUCAAGUGCCCAUGA